GCUCAGGGCGGAACGGUAGGCCACAGCCAUUAGGGCUGUGGGCUGCGGUUUGGAGGUUUCUGCCCUCGUUCUGGGGGAGAAAGCGCAGCCAUGAACCCGAUGAUGGGAGGCGGCAUGGGCUGCGGCGGCAUGGGCUGCGGAGGGAUGGGCGGAAUGGGAGGCAUGAAGAUGGGAGGUGGAUGUGGGGGUUGUGGCGGCUGUGGCGGUUGCGGCUGCGGCGGCUGCGGCGGCUGCGGCGGCAUGGGUUGUGGCGGCUGCGGAUGCGGCGGUUGUCCAGGGAUGGGCGGUUGUGGCGGCUGCGGCUGUGGUGGCAACAUGGCCAUGGGGAUGCCUUCAAACAACAUGAUGCAGCAGCAGAUGGCGCAGAUGUCCUCCAUGAUGAUGCCAAUGAUGAUGGGUGGAGGAAUGGGAGGAGGAAUGGGAGGAGGAAACAUGCAGGAGAUGAUGAAGAAGAUGCAAGACAUGAUGGGCAUGGGAAAGAAGGAGAAGGGCACCAAGAAGAAGUCCAAGGACAACGCGAACGUUGUCUUCGUGGGCGGCCUUCGAAAGACCACGGAGGAGGACAGGGUCGCCGCCCACUUCGCCAAGUUCGGGCAGGUGGAGCACGUGGACAUCAAGCGCCUGCCGGACGGCACCUCCCGAGGCUUCGCCUUCAUCAAGUUCGCUGACACCGAGGCAGUGGACAAGGUCAUCGAGGCACAUGCAAAGCACAUGAUCGACAACAAGUGGGUGGAGGUGAAGAAGCACGACGGGGUGGCAGCCAUGGCUCGGGGGCUUAAGGCUGGCAUCUCAGAGGCCAUGACCAAGAAGAAGGUCCUGCAAUCGCCGCGGGCGUUGCGGGAAUGGCUCCAGGGUCAGCUUCUGCAAUCAGAGGAGGAGGUCCAGUUCUGGUCUGCGGAGCACAGCCGCUUCUCAGAGGAGCAGAUGGCGAUGAUUCACAGCGGGCCCCUUCCAGAGCGAGUGGACCAGGCGGGCGCUUGGGAAGCGGCUGCGGUGCUUGCAGAAGUGGCCUGGUGCAACCAGCUCAUUGCGAGCCUCACGGGGAUGCAUAGGGCCAUGGACUCGGUCACGGAGGGCGAGGGCCACUCGGAGCUUUGGGGAGCACAAGGGUUGCUGCGGCACGCACGCGGGCGUGUGGCAGCUGCCCGGUGGUGCACGCUGGUUGGGGCUGCCGCGGAACGCGCAGCGCAGCAGGCGGCGGAAGCUGCGGGUGCCAGAGCUGGCGAGGGGCGGCGGCUGCGGAUCGAGACCCUCGAGGCAGAGCUCGCGGCGCUGAGCCGGCAGGCCCCGACUCCACCGCGGCAGGCGGUUUCGGAGCUGGAGGCGACACGGCUGCACGGAGCCGACGGCCUGCGCGACGAAGUGCGGCAGGCUGAAGCGAUGCUGCAGAGGGAGAGGAAUGCGGUGGUCAUCACCGAGGACGCCAUCUGGACGUGCCGCCAGGAGGCCUCCGUGCUGCAGGCGCAGGCCGCCCGGCGGCAGCAGGAGAGCGACUGCUUGGCGUGGGAGCACUCGGAGCUGGAGGGGCAGAUCCAAAGGCUCCAACCCAGCGAGCUGGAGGAACGCCAGGCCGCGGUUUUUGCCGCGGAGGAGGCGGAGGAGGAAUUGGAGGAGCAGCUGCGGGCGGGCCGGCGCCAAUUGGCGGCGAAGCGCCUGGCCGCGGAGAGUUUGGAGCAGGCGCGGGACAGGCGCGCGGCGGAGGGGCGGCAGCUGAGGCUGGAGCUGAGACAAGCGGAGCAAGCGAUUGCUGCUGGGCGUGGCUUGUCCAGAAGGCAAGAGGAGAUCUCCAUGGAGUGUGAGGAGCUUCGGCUUCAAAGGCGGGAGGAGGAGGCAGCGGCAGCGCAGCUGGCGCAGCGGAAGGAGUGCGGAGACGCCUUCGGCCAGUCUUGGGAGGCCAGACUGCGGGGCGCUGGGGAAGAAGUGCGGGAUGCGCGCCGGGCGUUGCACGAGGAGGACGCGGCCCUUCGGGGGCGGCGGCGCGCCGUGCGAGCCGCGGUGCCGGCGGCGCGGGGCGAGACGGACUCGCCCUUCGCGGUGGCGAGCUCCGAGCGACGGGCGAAGCUGGUGGGCGAGCUUCGGGUGGCGGAGGAGUUGUACCAAGAGAGCUGCGCACAGGUGGCGGAAAUGAGGGCCGCGCUGAAGCGAAUGCAGCUGGGGAGAAGUGUAGAGAGCAUGGAUGUGGAUGGAGGCGGGGAGAGCAUUUCCGCAUUGCGGGCGUCGUCGGCAUCCCAGCCUGACCUGUCCGCGCAGCAGCGCCAGUGGCGUCUGCAGGAGGAGCGCGUGGCCUCGGUGCGGCUCCGGCGCUUCGCCGCGCGCCUGGCGUCAGAAUCGGCGGCCGAGGCAGCCGAGGCCCACGGAGACGAGGGCAUGGAGCCUGCGGCUGGGUUGAGCCCGGCAUCUUCCCUCAAGGCAGAGCUGGUGGUGGAGCCCGCCGCUCCUUCUCCCACUUUGGCAGAGCCAGUGGCGAGGACUGCGGCCUCUUCUCCAUCUUUUGCGCAACCUUUGGAAGACGUCCAGCCAGUCACUUCGAUUCAGGGUUUCUUGCACAUGACACUUGGAACUGGAUAGAUGGGGCAGGUUGCUCAAUAAGCCA